AUGGCCUACUCAGAAUCAGCCAACCACAAACACCAGCCCAGACGUAGCAAAAGACGACUUAGCCUAGAGCAGGUGAAGCUCUUGGAGUCGAGCUUCAACCAUGAGAAGAAGCUUGAACCAGAGAGGAAGGUUCAGCUGGCCCGCGACCUGGGGCUUCAGCCCCGGCAAGUCGCAGUCUGGUACCAGAACAAACGCGCACGGUGGAAGACCCAGAGCCUCGAGCAUGAUUACCAGGCACUUCGGCUAAGGCUGGACAGCGUCUUGGCGGACAAAAGGUCACUCGAGAAAGAGGUGGAGAGACUUAGAAGGGAGUUGGAGAAGGCCCAAGAGAUCCUGCGCCCGAUUGGCCCACCCUUUUCUUCUUUCUCGCCGUCUUGUGAUGAGGAGUGGAGUUCAAAUCUGCACAGCGAUGGGAAAUGCACUGUGGAGCAUGCAGGGUUGUUGCAAGCAGAGGAGCUCUACGCUUGUUUCAUGGGUGUUGAGGAUCAGCUACAGAAAUUCAACUGACAUUCUUUCUUUGCUCGUCCUUGCUCAUUGUAGCUGAUGAUGAUGAUGACAAUGAAUGGCAGAGACUGCAGUUUGCAACUCAAAAGGAAAGUAAUAAUGUAUUGUCGAGGUUUGUUAAGCCCAUACCUGUAUAAAAGUGGGCCCAUCUACAUGCCAUCCCGCAUGAUCCAAGCAAUCAAUCAGGUCGGUCCCACUGCGUAGAUGCCCACCACGCAGAAAUCAGGCCAACCCACUGGCUGAACAUGGUAUGAUGUCCCAACAAAAGGAUGAGUUACGAAAACUUGGCUCAUUGUCAUGGACAUCUCCAUCUGUUUGGUAAACUGUACUUGACAGACACGAUUUUUGGUCCUCUUCAUGAUGGGACCCAUCUGAUGGACAUCUGGGAUCAUGCAAGUGGAACACGGUUGGCCUGUACAUGGGCUCCCUUGUAUACUCUUGCGGGCUUUAGCAAAGCUCUGUACUGUAUGCAGAUGAAGAUUUUGUAUAUAGAGUGUUGGGAGUUGAGAUGAAGGGAAAUGAGAAUAUCAUAUACUUUCUUUGCAUUA